AUGGUAUUAGAAUAUCUGACAUUCAGUAAUAAAGUAAUUCAAUUAUUGCCACUUUAUCCUAUUAAAUUUGUUUUUAAUAACAACAAUAAAGAAUUAUCUCAAACGACUAAUGAAAAACAAGUAACCUACCAAACAUUAAAAACCUUAAUUAAUAAAUACUCCCCCGAGUGGAAUGACGGUGCCAAAUGUUUAUUUCAUCCUAUUUUCAAUAAUGGACAUUUACAAACAGUUUAUGCCUCAUUUUUGAACUCAUCCACUAAUAACAACCCUACUUUAGCCCGAGGACUGAUUGAACUCCCAACUCUUAUCGUAACAUAUAAAAGAUUGAUUUUGGAUUAUCCCGAUGGUGGUAAAGGAGCUUUAGAUUUCUAUGUAAAUGAUAGUACUUCUAAUGAUUGUAAUGCUGAUGUUCAAGAUAAGUCUUGCAAUUUACCUGAAAACGUAAAUUCUCAAAAAAAACCUCUACCAUUUAAUAUAACCUAUUUCACACAAGGAGAGGUCGACAAACUAUUUUAUGAGGGCAAUAAUAUCAAUGAUAGUUCGCCGAUGGUUAUUUUUUUACAUGGGUUAACUGGUGGCUCUAAUGAAGGGUAUAUAACUAGCAUAUUAUCAAAACUGCCCUCCCAUUUUAAAAGUUGCGUUUUAAAUAGUAGAGGCUGCAAUAAUUCUACGAUCACAACACCAUUUUUGUACAAUGGUUAUUGGACUAAUGAUAUUAGAUAUACCAUUAAAUAUUUACGCCAAAUAUAUCCGAAAAGGAAAUUUUACCUGUUGGGUAUUUCUUUAGGUUCUAGUGUUUUGGUAAAUUAUUUGGGGCAAGAGGGAGAGCAUAGUGAUGUCGAAUUAGGUAUCGCAUUAGGUGUUCCUUGGGAUUUGUCAAUCACUUCUAUUUAUUUAAAUAAAUUAUCCAUACUAGGACCUGUAUACUCUAAAGUUAUGGCAUCAAACUGUUUGAAGCUGAUCGAAAGUAAUCUGCCUCAAUUAAGAGAAUUAAACAAGAAUCCACUUUUAGAUUUCAAUGGCCAUGACUGGAAAGACCGCAUUUCAACGAUAGAAGAAUUUGAUAAUGUUUACACCAGUAAAAUGUUUGGAAUAAGCUCCUCGUUUGAAUAUUAUAGAAGGGCAAGUCCUUCCAACAGAAUUUUUAAUAUUAAAACGCCGUUAAUAACAUUAAACAGCUUAGACGAUCCAAUCCUGGGGUCUUGUUAUAUUCCCCAUAGAGAAAUAGAAAAUAAUCCUUACAUUUUAUGCUUGAAUACAACCAAAGGUGGUCAUAUUGGAUGGCUGGAUUUCCAUGGUAAUAGAUGGUAUAUCGAACCAAUAGUCAAAUUUUUAACUGGUUAUCAUAAGGAUAUUGCUUCAAAUCCAAAUGUGAAAGUUGAACUAGAUAGUAGAGUAAUAAAUGUGCCUGAAAUUGUAAAAAAAAAUAUCAUUCCUUCGUAUAUGGUUGAGAAAUGA